UAAAUGAUAUUUUCCCACCAAUUUAAACUUCAUCACUGAUUUUCUUCAGCGGAAGUUUGUGUGAGUGGCUCAGCGCUUCAAAUUUUGGAUGCGAUGUCGUCUUCUAGGCUUCGAUUACUCACAAUCGAAUCCCCAAUUUCUUCUCAAUUCCCCAGAACUUUAAUCUCCUCUAAAUCCCACAAUUUCUGUUUCUUUCGAUCCAUUUCUUUCCAAAAGAUUCCCUCCAAAUCGCCGUCGCCACUCGCCGUAUCGGCAUCGGCGUCCUCCUCCAAGCCUCUGCAACCCGUUGAAGAACUCCCUCCAAAGCUUCAAGAAAUCGUUAAGCUCUUUCAAUCCGUUCAGGAACCGAAGGCCAAGUACGAGCAGCUCAUGUUCUAUGGCAAAAACCUCAAACCCCUUGACGCCCAGUUCAAGAACAAGUCUAACAAGGUCGAGGGCUGCGUUUCCCAGGUCUGGGUUAGGGCAUUUUUGGAUUCGAAUAAGAAUGUUGUGUACGAGGCUGAUUCGGACUCUGUUCUCACUAAGGGCCUCGCCGCUCUGCUCGUUCAAGGCCUCUCAAAUCGCCCCGUCGAGGAGAUUCUGCGGGUUUCUCCGGACUUUGUAGUUCUUCUUGGGCUUCAACAGAGUCUGACGCCUUCUAGAAAUAAUGGGUUCCUGAAUAUGUUGAAAUUGAUGCAGAAGAAAGCGCUUGGGUUGCUUGUGGAAUCGGAAAAAGGUAAUGGCAGUGCGAUUCCAUCGUCUAAAACUGAUGAUUCUGUUGAAAAAGUGAAAUUGGAUUCUAAUACUGAUUCUGAGAACCCAAUUGGGGAUUCGAAAUCGGGGAAUGGAGGAAAUGACAGUUCUGGUGUAUUGGGAGAUAUAGGGAAGAGAAUUAAGGAGAAAUUGGAGAGAGAGCUUAGUCCAGUAGAAUUGGAUGUUGAAGAUGUCUCUUAUCAGCACGCAGGGCAUGCUGGGGUCAGAGGUAGCGAUGGAGAAACUCACUUCAAUUUGAAGGUUGUGUCAAAGGAAUUUGAAGGGAAAAGUUUAGUGAAAAGGCAUAGGCUCAUUUAUAACCUGUUGCAAGGAGAGUUGCAGAGUGGACUGCACGCCUUAUCCAUCUCAGCAAAGACACCUGAUGAACUCUAAAGCCAAUCGAGAAAGGCCUUGUCAUCAUCAUAACUCAAUUGAAAGAGGUUUCCCAUAUUUUUGUUUUCUUUUUCUGUAUUCUAUUUCUAUUUAGUGGCUGAGGAAGUUCUAUGAUUUAUAAGAAGUAUUUAUGUUAAUGUUAUAAUAAUGUUAGGCUUAGAUGAUGAAGUUUUGUCGUCAAUGGACCUGUAAACAAUUCUUGUUCUCUGAUAGGAAAAGAAACAAAAAGGUAAAGAGGGCGUUUUGUAAUAGAAACAAAACUCACAUACUUUGCCAAUGAACUUUGUGAGUGACUCAUUUCAUUGGUACAAAACGAGUAUAAUGUAUUGAUCUGUCUUGUGGGUUUUGA